UAUGAAAACCCGCGCCAUCUUUCUCUCUCUCACCAAAACAAACCCUCGCUGGGCCACAGAUUGUAUUAUUUCUCGUUUAUUUCUCGUAUUUCCUGGUGCCUGGUGCGUCCCUCCUGCUGGUGACUGAGGGAGGAGGUGUAGGAGGCGCUGCUGGUGAGCAUGGAGGGAGACUCACACAUAAGGAGUCUACUGGCUGCCCCGUCACCCGCUGCCCCGCCCCCACCCCCGGCCAGCGCCACACACUUGUCAAGGGUCUCCCCGGCAUCGCUCAUUGGCUCCAUGUCAUCGUUUCGUCGCCCUGGCACCACCACCCCCUCCUCCUCCCGCCCCGGAUCGCCCCGCGCCCCCGGGUGUCCUCCGGUGCUGGGGGACGCGGGAGACUCAAGAGGGGGGCGCGUCUCCCUCAGUGACCCCCACGCUAAGUUCACCUCAGUGCUGCGGCUCGCUAGUGGCCAGGAGAGCGAACCAGAUGUAGUUACGCUGGACCACUCCUACGCACGGCACAAUUGGCGACCAGAAGCGUCCCAGGCCAGGCCGCGGAAGACACUGUUUAUGUCCAAGGCAGCACGGCAGACACACCACAACCACCACUCCCUUCACUCCCUCGGCCGCUCUGCUCUCAGCGAGGAAUACAUUGACGUAACCAGUGACCCGACCCCGUCCCAGCCAUUGCCCUAUGACCUCACCAAGGCCCAGCAGGUCAUGAGCGAGUGUGAGAGGCAUGUGGUGUUUGCCCGGCUGGACCAGAUCAAGGCAGACAACAGGCAAGAGGAAGGCAGGGCUGGUGAUGACUCCGAGACUGAUUGGGAGGAGAAAAUAUCGAAGCAGGGCUGGACGGAGGCGCAGGGAGGGCUGUUCGGCAAGAUAGUGGAGAUCUUAGACACAGACCACCUGGGCCGCCUCACUCUUAAGGACACUCACAACGAACCAGUGCUGAGGAGAGCCCUUGUUGACAAGACCGCAGCCAAGUUCCGUCAAGCACUAGCAAGGGUGAGCUGGGAUUCGAAGCUAACCCAGUGGCUUCAUUCAGUCCUUCUCCAGCACCUUAGUCUGCCCUAUCUAGCAGCUUACUUGGAUAUUCUGCAGACCCUGAAGUCAAAGAUCCCUACUCUGGUGGACAAAAUGGUGACUCUUAGUAGCACACACCGCGGCGCCAGUGUAGAGGCCCUUAACCUGCUACUCAAGAGGCCCUGGGACCCCGCCGUGCCCUCCCUCAACCACCACAAGCCUAGGAAGCUGGACGGCUCGGUGAUAAUAGUGCAGGUCCCCAGUGGCCCCCCCAGCAGCAUCCCCCAGGCCCCGAGGAGGAUCAGAUUCUUCAACGCUCAGCUCCAGCACAUGGCCAAGACCAUCCCUGUCAUGAUUCCACAGGGCAGGGCAGAGCACAGUGAGCCGCAGGUGGUGCUGGAGCAGGUGGUGAGUGAGGUGCGGAGGAGGCUGGGGGACUACCGCUGCCAGUACCCCAGCAGCCCCCUGGUGCUCAUGGGCUGGGGCAUUGGGGCUGUCAUCGCUUGUCAUGUGUCGUUGGUGGAGUCAGUAACGGCUAACAUCUGCCUGGGGUUCCCUAUGAUCGGGGCGGCGGGGCGGCGGGGCGAGGCUGACGACCCCCUACUGGAAUGCCGAACCCCGACGCUGUUUAUUGUCGGGGAAAAGUCGGCUAAUGUGAGCAUUGACGACAUUGAAGACCUCCGAGUUCACCUGAGGGCGGAGACGGGGCUGGUGGUGGUGGGAGGCGCAGACACACACCUCCGCUUGUCAUGCCAGAAGAGACACAUUGAGGGGGUCACCCAGAGCAUGGUGGACAGGUGCAUUGUGGAUGAAAUAGGCGACUUUCUGGGCAACCUCUUGAGUGAAGGCAACAACAGCAACAACAACAACAACAACAACAACAACAACAACGCAAACCAACAUCACUAUAUUAACUCCCUCUCCUCCUCCUCCUCCUCCUCCUCCUCUUCCUCCUCCCUCACCACGGCCUUCACCAACCCCCUCCCCCCCCGGCGCCCGCCGAGACCCCAGCAGGAAGAGGAAGCUGUCCAUGGGGGGGGUGGAUGCGGGCCACCUCCUCCUUCCCCUACUAAAAUAUCGAGACCUAGUACCCCGAUCAGCAUGGCCACCCCCUCCCUGAAGAUUCCUGUGGGGGUGUCAGCCCUCACCUCCCCGGGGGUCUUGUUUGGGGGGGCAGGGGAGACUGGGCCCCCUUCACACUCCUCUCCAGACACCCCCACCACCUCCCCUAAUGCUAGAGGCCAGAAACAGAAAUAUUCAGGGAAAAUGGAAGGAAGAAGAUACUCUAAAAUGAAACUAGCUCCUCCCUCCUCCUCCUCCUCCUCUUCCUCCUCCUCCUCCCUGGCUCCUCCUCUUCUCGCCUCGCUGGAGCAGUCGGAGGAAGCAAGGGACAAAGGUGGUUCCAGCAACACCACCACCACCACCACCACAGCCACCACCACCACCACCACCACAGCCACAGCCUACCACACCCUCACCACAAUACCACUGGGGUCCAUCGCUCCUCUCUCGCGCCACACCUACCACUGUAACCUGCUGCUCCACGCCACCACCACCACCACCACCACCACCACCACCACCACAUCAGCAGAAGCAGAUGCCCCGGACACCCCGAAAGGGUCGCCCCGCAAGGACCCCAGCCCCCGGGGAAGCCCCAUUCUGCGGCAGAGACUCAGUGACACCGCCUCGGGUCGUUUAGCUUCGGGGUUCGUCCUGGGUAACCUCUCGGGUAAGGUCUUGAAGGAGGUGGCCCCGAAGUUUUCCUGCCCCGCCCCGGCCAGCCCCGCCAUCACCACCACCACCACUUCUUCUGGGGCUUCUGCUGCUAUGAGCCCCGCCCCGACGUCCGCCCCAGAUGUGCCCAGUAGGAAGAUCGUGAGCAGCACCAUUGUGACGCCCCUCGGAUGGAACAAGCGGGGCCGUCCUUCCUCCACCAAGCCCCACCUGCAGUCCCUCAGCCCCGCCAGCCCCGCCCCGCCCCAGACUCAACCUGCUGGAGCUUCCGAUGGGGCUGAUAUGAAAGGCUCAAAUUCCGGGGCAGCCACCACCACCACCACCACCUGCGGGGCAACCUCAGUGACCCGGGGCGGUGUUCGGGUCUAUUCUGGGUCGACCAAGCCAAGCCCCGCCUCCUUCUUGCUGACCAAUGUGACCUCUGCGUCGUCUGUACGUGUGUCCGGCCCCUCCCUGGUCAUCACCAACACCGGGGCAAACACUGACCCCGCCCCGCUUAGCUUCAGCGGGGCAGGACGGGGCAGUCGAGUGAUUUUGACCUCCAGCCCUCGUGUUCGCCCCAUAGCCCAGCGGGGUGUGUCCUCUACCCGCACCUUGGCUUUGCCCCGCCCCGCCCCGGCUGUUAUGCUGGUCACGUCAUCCUCCCCAGCCCCAACCAGUGCCCCGAGUGUGACUUCGACGCCACCUGUUGAAAUGGCCGCUCCAGUUUCUGCCCCGUCACCCAGCCCCGCCCCGGCCCCUGCUACCUCCACCCCGAUACCUACUGGGGAGUUAGCAUUGUUAGUAGCAGCUUCGGAAAUGAGUGAGAGAGUGCGGGGCUCCUCCUCCCCCGCCCCGAAAAAUUCUACCCCAGUCUUGGUGUCGAAGUUCACUGUCGGGGCCGGGGCGGGGCAGCCGGGGCAAGCGGGGCAGGUUAGUACUACCACUACUACUCCUACUACUACUACUUCGACUACUACUAUUAGGGUCACAGCUUCUGCCUCUCUCGCCAAAUCUACUACUACUACUACUACUACCACCACCACCACCACCACCACCACCACCACCACCACCACCACUACUACUACUACUACUACUACUAGAACCACCACCACCACCCCAACAACAACUACUACUACUACUACCCCAACUACCACCACCACACUCACCGCAGUCCGCAGCGCUGGGUGGGGUCUGAGGUGUUCCCGGCAGCCCCGCCCCGCCCCGCCCCGCCAAGCUCCCCUCUGUACCAGGAUACUAUUAUUUCAUCAUCCAGAAGGUCAUGUGUCUGGUUCAUCUCGUACAGCACACCCCUAGCUAGCGGCAGGAAGGCGGGGCACGACUUCACCAGGCUCUGCGGGGCGGGGCGGGGCAGAUUAGAUUAGGUGUUGGUUUAAGAUUUCAUUUUUUUGUAUAUAUAUUUUUGAUUUCUUGUGUUUAAAAUGUUCUUAAAAUAG